AUGUCCGAUACAGACGAACCGGCUUCGAAAUUCAUUGACCAGUACAAAAACUAUGGACGGACUGACGCCACCCUGCAGGAGGAACGACGACAACGUUUGCUCGACAAACAGAAACGAUGCCGCGAGCUGGAACUGGAUGCCGGGCGGGUCGGUUUGCUCGAAGAGCUCGAAACGGAACAGCAUGCAUACGAAUCAAUGGAUUGCCAACAGAACCAAACGAAACGGCCGCAAAAAAACAAAACCCGCAUCAUCACAUCGAAGCUGUUCGCCAACAAGGUGCAACAGUCGGAAUGGAUGCACGAGCGGCCGGAUGAUCUUGAGCAAUGGCUCGUCCGCCCCUGUCCCGUAGGGCAACGGUGUUUGUUAGUGUUUCGCCAAAGGCUAGCGAUCGCGUUCAAUAAGCGGGGUCGCUCGAUUGCUUCGAUCCGUACGAAACGGCCGCUGCGUGAUGCGAUCGUGCUGGAUUGCAUCCUGGCGAAAGAUCGCACAUUUUACAUACUUGACGCACUCGUGCUCGCACAGAUAGAUCUAGUUAGCUGUGAUUGUCAGUUUCGUUUCGCGUGGAUCGAGUCAAAAUUUUACGACCACAGUCUUGGCGAACUGUUCGAUACGGAAACGGCGAACGGGAAGGAAGGUUUCCGGUUAAGUUUACUACCUUUGUACGAUCUAGCUCAACAAGGCGCGAUGGAAGCCUGUUGGGCGCACUAUCCUGCCUUUCCUGAUACCACACCGAAGCUGGAUGGGUACUUGUUUUACCACAAAGAGGCACACUACAUGUAUGGGAAAACACCUCUGGUUGUAUGGUUGUUUGCGUUCAUGCUAAACGAUGUACUGAAACUUCCGGCGGGACUAGUAAAUGACCAGUAUCUGUCCGAUAAACCGGCCCGGUACACCAGCAACUAUGCGGAAUACAUCGCCGAGUUCGAUCGUAUGCAGGCAAAACGAAAGCAUAAACCACGCGUGAAAAAAACGACCCAAACGAUGGACACGACGGGUGAAUCGGUGGACGAUCAAACCGAUACAACACUGUGGGAAGCCAUGGAAGCAGCUCCACUCGAUUCGGAUGAUGAAGAUCUGCGCCCGAAGGAAGAGAAUACCAUGCGGCAGCUCGAAAUGGAAUAA